AUGCGGUUUACGUCUCUUCUCCUCUUUGCCAGUGCGGCACUCGCCGCCCUGCCCUACAAAGGCGCAGAUUGGUCUUCCCUUCUUAUCGAGGAAGCAGCCGGCAAAAAGUACAAAAACGCGGCUGGUACGGUCCAGCCCUUUGAGACCAUUCUCAAAAACAGCGGCGUAAAUACUGUUCGCCAACGCAUAUGGGUAAACCCCUCAGAUGGGAACUACAACCUCGAUUACAACCUCAAACUUGCCAAACGCGCGAAAGCGGCCGGUUUAGGCAUUUACCUCGACUUCCACUACAGCGACAACUGGGCCGACCCAGGCAAACAAGUCGUACCAGCAGCGUGGAAAUCGCUAAAUCGCGAGGCCCUCAUCAAGCAGGUAUACGACUACACCAAGAACGUGAUCAAUACCUUCUCCACCAACGGCAUCGCCCUCAAUCUCGUUAGCAUCGGCAAUGAAAUCACACCCGGCCUCUUGUUCCCUAUUGGCCAACUCUCUGGCACCGAUGGACCGAAGAACGUUGCCGCGCUACUUAAAUCAGCAUCCAAAGCCAUCAAAGAGUCCUCCAUGAGCCCCAAGCCCAAGAUCAUGAUCCAUCUAGACAAUGGCUGGAACUGGGAGACACAGCAGUGGUGGUACGACCUCGUGCUAGGAUCAGGUGGUGGGCUGUCGGCCGCAGACUAUGAUGUCCAGGGUGUAUCCUACUACCCCUUCUACAACAGCGCUGCCACGCUAUCUGCGCUCAGCACAAGCUUGAACAAUAUGGCGAAAAAGUAUGGCAAGGAGGUCAUGGUUGUUGAGACGAAUUGGCCGAGUUACUGCCCCAACCCAUCAACUGCUUUCCCUGCGGAUGUGAAGAGCAUUCCAAUCAGUGUAGAUGGCCAGACGCAGUGGAUGAAGGAGGUUGCGAAGCGUGUGGCUGCUGUUCCAAACGGUAAGGGUACAGGUCUUUUCUACUGGGAGCCAGCUUGGAUUGAGAACCCGGGGCUGGGUAGCAGUUGUGGGUGGAACCUCAUGGUUGGGGAUGACGGCAAGGUCAUGAGUAGUCUGGCCGUUUUCGGCAGCAUCUGA